UAACGGUCAGUCGACGACGGAAUUUCUGCAGAGACAGACACCGCAGAAAAUUUAAAUUUUCGAUUAACGUUUUUUAAAACUUAUUUAGUGACGAAAUGGUUAAUUACUUCCCUAUUUGGCUUCUGUUCACCGCCGCGUGCUACCAUACAUUUAUACAGGCGCAGUUGUUUGAACGUGGUAAUUGUCCGGAUGUAAAAGCUGUCCCUGAUUUCAAACUAAGUGAGUACACUGGGAAAUGGUACGAAAAUAGAAAAACCAUUUCCAGGUUUCAAAACAGCAUGGCACAAAGCUGUGCGACUGUCACGUUCAACGAAACGGAUGGAAAACUGGUCGUCCAAAACAGGGGAUUACAAAGACUGACCAGGAGAAAUAUCGUACUAAACGGAAAAGCACGUCAUCCUAAUCCUUCGAAGGGCGAGUUUGUAGUCAACUUCCUUGGAAAUGCUUCCUACGGGGACGAAACGUUGAUGAUUUUAGGGACCGACUACAAUUCAUACUCUGUUUCUUGGAGUUGUGUUGGCGCAGGGCCAAUGCAUCUUUAUACACUUUGGGUUCACACUCGUGAUCCAAAUCCAUCCAGAGAGACAGUAGAUUUGGCGUUGGAUGUAGUGAAGAGAAAUGCCCUGGACGAAACUAAGUUGCUGAUGACCAACCGUCGGAAUUGUUAAACUACGUUUACAUGGUAGAAACUCUUCAUAGAACCUGCGGACGAAGAAAAACAACGUAAUGUAAUUAAUUA